AUGCGAUCCCGGUCCCAAUCUUGGUCGGUAAUUCCGACCCAAAGUACCCCCGGAAUCACCCGCAACCACUCCUUCUCCAUCAACAAACCCCGUGGUGCGUCCGGCCUUGCAUCCCCCUCCGCCAUCCACCCGGCAUCCCGAGAUCCGUCCUUUUCUGCAGCAGACCGGAAUCGAAGCGCCACCCUUAAUUCCAUCGACAGCCUCAAUAUAAAUAGCAUCGAUUCCAUAAAAUUCAACAAUUCUUCCCACGACUUUGAUGCCGCCAUUUCCGAUAGUCCGCCCCAUGAAAGUCCCACCUGGAUCCUUAGCGACCUUCUACAGUCAUUUGCAUUUAUUAAAGACCUGACAGAUUCACUUUCAAUAGUCACCAAAGGUAACGAUCUCAUACUACUUCUUCGUCAAUAUCCCGGUUUAAAAGAAGACAUCGUCAUGAAACAUUUACUCACGCGAAUCCAGUUCAUGUUCUACCAUCUGGUCCUGGAGGUGCGAGCUACAGGCUACCGAAUCUUACGCUACUCUAUCAUCGAUAACGACGGACUUUCGUUGGUGGUGCAAUUCAAGAUUCUCAUCUUCAUCAUCAUUACCAUGUCAACGUCAAACACGCUCGUGGAAAAAGAACAAGCUCUAAAACUCGUGCGCGAGUUCACCACCAUCCCCCGGGGCAUCGAUAACCUCUCCAUUGGAGUGGUGAAGAGCAUUAUUGCCGUGGUGGAACUGGGCGAUGAACAGGACGUUUCGUCUUCGUUCAUGUUUGCCGGCGUCGAAACCGUCUGCGAAUUGGCGCUCGCCAAACCAGAACUCGUGUUCCAUGCCGGUGGAUUCCAGUUCAUGAUCCAAACCAUGCUCGAUGGAGAAACUGAGGCCGCUUGCAUGUGUAUAAUGGUGCUUCUUAAAACGUUAGACUGCGCCGAAUCCCGAAAAUACUUGCGAGGGGGGCAGGACCUUACCUCGUUGCUUUCGUUUAUGAGCCCAAUCGACUCAGGCGCAGACGACCGCCGAAUCCCCACCGCAAAGCUUCAAAAAAUUGCAUUUUUAAUCACCGUUCUCCUCAAAAAUUGGACUGGACUUUUGAGUGUUUCACAUCAUAACUUUCGUUUCAUUGGGGACUUGGUCCAUAACCUCCAGAAACGAAGCCCCAAACUUCGGGGCGUCAUAAUGGACAUUAUAUUUGAUGUCCUUCGCAUUCGAGCACUACCUUGGCUUGAAUCGUCGUCGGUCGGUUCGGUUCUCAACGUUAUGCACACAAAACUUCGAACCGGAUCUUCUCGCUUUGCGUAUACGGAAUUGGAGCCCACAAGCUUACAGCAUGGUUUUGUUAAUCACUAUUUGGGUUUGCUUGUAAUGAUCUUUGUUCGUUGUGGUAUCAUGCCUCUUCUAGCUGACCUUGUAGCAGCCAGAGACAAAACUUCGGAAAAAGCUUCGUUACUUCUUUAUCAUAUUUACCACAUGGCAACAACCUUGAUUCCAACAGAUAUUCUAAAUGGAUACGAUCUUCUUCCAGCCAACCCAGAGCUCACGGCUACCGUGAUGAUUGAAAAAAGGGCUCGCAAGCAAGUUACCCGUAAACUGCAAGAUGUCAAACCAUAUGUGAAAGCCAUUGAUAACGAGGCAUGUUAUAAUCUAGACGACUCCGAGUUCAAGUUGAUGGUUACGAAUACACGGGUUUUGACCGUCAAGGAAUACGAAGAGUGGAACUGGACUUUGCUCUCCACCAUGAUUAAAGGAUGUUUGCGCAAUCCAAAACGGUUUGAUGACAUUGAAAAGAGCCCCAGGUUUUUGAAACGGGUGUUUUCGUUUUAUCGUCCCUUCAAAUAUCGGUUUUGCGGUGUGCCAACGACCGCCAAAAAUGCCAAAAGAUAUGUAACUGUGGGAUGUCAGUUGCUUGAGGUUCUCCUCAGCUUUGAUGCGGGAAUUCGCUACUUGGCAAGCAGCAAGCUCCUACCACAAUUGGCUGAAGCGCUCGCUCAGGUGGACCAGUACAGUGGAAUCAAUGCCAAAGAACCCAUUCUUCUGCGUAAGCGUCUUGAAACCACCCUCAGUUUCGGAUACUUGCGUUUCAUAGGCGUCUUGUCGGACAAUCCGUUUGGAGUACGUAUUCUUGAGCAGUGGCAGAUCUUCAAUAUCUUGCAAAAUAUCGUCGAUGGCAGCGUCUCAGACGAGUCCAACAACUAUCUUCUUGUUAAUUUGUUAUCAAGGCUCAAUUAUAGACUUGACAGUCAAGCGAGAAUUCUUUUGAUCAAGAGUGUCUCUAUCUCCAAUAACAAGGUCCGCAUGUACUUGAUGGAAAAUGUGGUUCCGGGUUUAUUGAAAGCAGAAGAAUGUGAAGAUUUGAGUAUACGAAUUCUAGUGGACAAGGUUUACGAUUUCAACAAGGAUAUUUCAAACCACGCUAUCGAAUGGUUGUAUCGGUUUUCACAAGAAAACGAGUAUCUGAAGCUCGAUCGAAUCAUCGAAUAUCGACCAUCAGUGAGAAUUCUCCAAACUCACGAGUUCGGCCGCAAGCUCUUGAUUCAUUUCUUGAACACUCCGAACGGGUUCCGUUAUCUCCACGACGAUGGAUAUGUGGACAGAGAACUACAGAACACACUCAAGGCAAUCGACUCCAAUCAUCUCGACAAAAUUGAAGAAAUCUUGUGGGGCUGUUUCUUUCCGUUCAGUCAUACUGUUCUGCACGAUGUCAUUCCUCACCAUUUUUUGACCGAUUUGUUGCAGACUGAAGAUGGCCUCCAUUACUUUCAGAACGGGCCCGCAAAAAUGUACCUUGAAAGAAUACUCCAGGAAACAAAAAUAAUGGCACGAUCGUUGAUCGAAGGUGGUCACUUUGACAACACUGCGUUGAGGAAAUUAAAACAAAAUCUUUGGAUAAUUGGUGACAUUUCUCUGUCUGAGUACGGGAUUCAGCUUUUUGAUCUGUGUGAAAAUAGUAGCAUUGACAAGACGAUUAUUUCUGUGAUUCUCGAGCUAUUUGAAAAAUCUCCCGUGUGGCAGAUUCGAGGAAUCGUGUUUUUGCAGCUCGGGAGGAUCGCAUCCACGGUUGAAGGUAUUGAGAUUCUUGACGAGAACAAAUGGGUAUCUACGAUUGACUCACACAAUCGUCCUCAGAGCUUGUGCUUUCCGUUGGACAUUAGCGUCAUGAAGGUGGAUAUUGAAAAUCCGUAUCGCGAUGCCAACUACUACGCACUAUACAGUGGAGGACAAGAAAGUUUGGAGUUUGUAGACAACGAUGAAUAUGCUGAUUUUGAGCAUGUCAAACAGAAGGUUUUGGUGCUCAUUAGCAACUUGGGUUCGCUUCUCGGCCGUAUAGAGAGAAGAGCACGCAAGGAGUUGAUGCUCAUCAAGACAGGACCUACCGGGCGAGUAUUUGGAGAUAUCAGCUUGUUCUUAGAGGUUAUCAAGCUUAUCGACAAGAGCAAGUUUGCACUUCCAACAAGAAAGUUUGUUUUUGAACUUUUUCUUGAUACAAAAGUGUUGGAGAGUUUGGUGAAAAGAGAGCGGAAAAAUUCUGGAUUGAAGUAA